AUGUCCGAGCAGAGGGAUGCAGGAGAACGAAGCCCGAGCUCAAAUGAAAACAAGAGCUGGACCACGGCAGGUCACCGCCAUCACAGUUUCCUCCCUCCUCAGUUCCUCCAGAGUCCCCCACUGCUGCAGUACAUGCUCGACCCGCAGUUGAAAGGCCUCGGCUGGGGUGGGCUCCAGGCCGGGACCCUCAUCUCCACCUUCACGCCCGGGUGA